GCGCAACCGAAACUUGUUGAUGCCCGGCGUCAAACAAACGAAACUGCAGCUGCGCGCGAUCAACCCGGAGAAAGGCAUAUUGUUCGGAUCAAAAGCAUUUGUCGGUUGCUAACAAACGUGUAGUCCCGCCACCAAAACCACAUUCCUCUUCUUACUGGGUCCGCUGCGAACCGAAAAGUGAUGUUGCGGUCCAUCAAGUUCUUUGCCGCAGGACGGCUACCGUUGCCGCGGCCGGCCCGGCCGAAAGGUGGUGUCCGACCACAGUAAACACUCCCUUCCGAUCAGCGACCCUGUCAAUUACCUUGUCUUUAGAGCGUUGAGAUGGUGUUUCCUCAUAAUUCGAUCUGAUCCGUUGCCAGACAAUUCACUAUGGGUACAUAUCUUGAUACUCUAAGCAACCGAGAAGCUAGCAUUUCGUCCUAGAAGCACAACUGCAUUGCUGACUUCAAGAUGACUGCCCGAAUAGUCCCUCAACAGGUUCAUCUCGACCUGAAGCCGGAAGAUCUGACCCCUUCACAGUCGAAAUGUAUCUUACUCUUCGAAGAUGCAUUUCAGACUCAAAUUGUCUUCACGAGUCAAUCCCGAGAAGAGCCUCGAAGCAACCUGAUUGUUUUCCUCGGGAUUCUAGCCGAAUCUCUUCGCAGCACAAAUUCCGAUCAGCUUGCUGCAAUGCUGGAAGAAGUCAUAUGGCGCUGCAAAGAACAUCCAGACUUUGGUGGAUACGGGUUCAGCGACAAAGACGAUCUGCAGCCGGGCGAGGAAGGGGAAAUCAUCUUCCUUUUCUCGGCUUAUCUCGAAGCUUUCAAGCAUGCAGCGAGGGCAAGCCAGAGACCGGCACCAUCGUCGCUGAAGCCUCCAGGCAGGCGGAGCAUGACGAUGACGGAGAAGAUCUUUGCGUUCCACGAUGUCUCCCAGCGCGGAUAUGUUCGACCAGGGGACAUCAUCCAAGUCGACGUUGAUUGGGUUAUAGCCUCGGAGCUUUCAUGGCAGGGAAUGGAACGUGUCUAUUCGGCCAUUGGGCGCCCAGGGAUAUUUAGAAAUGAUCGGUUCUGGCUUGCAGGGGACCAUCGAGUCGAGCCGCCUCUUUACAAUGAACCCAAGGUCAAAGCUCUGAUGGACAAUUGUCGAAAGGCUAAGACAGAUUUCAAAAUGACGGAAUUUCAAGGAUUUAAUUAUACAAUUAUGCACACCGAGUUUGUGCGAGAGAGAGCGCAGCCUGGCAUGCUCAUCAUUGGCGCCGACUCUCAUACCUGCUCGGCAGGGGCAGUCAGCUGUCUGGCUAUCGGUAUGGGUGCUACGGACGUCUGCAUGCCUCUUGUGACAGGUCAGACAUGGUUCACGGUGCCGAAGACGGUUCAGCUACGCAUGAUCAACAAGCCACCAAGGGGAGUGGGCGGGAAAGACACGAUCUUAUACAUCCUGAAGCAGUUCAAGAGAAACACUAUUGCUUCCGAUCGAGUUGUCGAGUUCACCGGGCCCGGGAUGAAGUAUCUCUCAUGUGAUGCAAGGUUCGCAAUCUCGAAUAUGUGCACGGAAUUUGGCGCCGUCACAGCGAUAUUCGAGUCAGAUGAGAGGACGGUUGAUUUUAUUGAGGGUAGAAGACUUAAAAGACACAAAUCGGAAUCUGUCUACUUCAAGGCCGAUCCUGGUGCGGAGUACGCCGCCACUGUUGACGUCGACCUGUCCGAGGUCAGGCCUUUCGUCGCGAUUAACCCUUCACCGGACAAUGUCGUCCCAGUAAACGAAGUGGAAGGCACUAGCCUCGAUGGUUGUUUCAUUGGAGCAUGUACAACGGCGGAAGAAGAUCUGGUCAUUGGUGCACUGGUCUUGCGAGCCGGACUGGACCAAGGCCUAACGCCCGUGCCCCAUGGCAGACGACUGGUGGUGCCUGGGUCAAAACCCAUUCGACGCAAAUUGGAACAGUUCGGUCUCCUUGAUGUAUACCGCCGUGCAGGCUUCAAGAUUGGGGUCCCAGGCUGCAGUAUGUGCGUAGGUCAAGGCGUCGACCAGGCAGCUCCCGGCGAGGUCUGGCUCUCGUCCCAGAAUCGGAAUUUCAAAAAUCGGAUGGGUCCAGGCUCUCAUGCUAACCUUGGCUCCGCUGCGACUGUGGCUGUUUCCUCCUUCUCGAUGAAAAUGACAGAUCCAACAAAACUCCUCGAACUCAUCGACAUGGAUCUGCUUGAAAGAUAUCUCGGGUAUCAGCCCUUCGCAGAUAUAGAGGUCAGCCCAUGGUCUGAUGUUGUUCAAUACUCGGAACCUUAUGGGCAAGAUCUUGAAGUUGAUAAUUGUGCUGAAAGCAAUCCGGAAUCACCUGCACCCACCUCUGACGAAGGAGGCAACCCAGACUCGGUCAACAAGGUUAUUUCAGGCAAGGUGCUGAGACUAGGAGACUUUAUUGACACCGAUGCAAUAAUUCCAUCCAAGUUUCUGGCAUCCUGCACAACAAACGAAGCACUUGGAGACCACUGUAUGGAAUUCUUCAUGCCUGAGUUCCGACAAAGGGUCAAAGAUGGCUUCAACGUUGUUGUUGGCGGCCAUGGUUUCGGAUGCGGCUCCUCUCGAGAUGUGGCUGUGAACGCACUACUUGGCUGCGGAGUCAAGUGCGUGAUUGCAAGGUCAUUUGCAUUCAUCUACGCACGAAACCAACCCAACAUUGGGCUUUUAGGGAUCGUGAUCGAGGAUGAGUCAUUCUACCUCGCCGCCCAGGAUGGUCGUGAAAUCAACGUUGAUCUGGAACAAAACAGCGUCCAUUGUGGGGCCCAAACCUUCAAGUUCAGUCUCAGUCAGAUGGAGAAGCAACUCAUCGCGGCUGGUGGUCUUACUGAGGCAUUCAGACGAUUCGGAACACGGCUUUUUGAUGUCAUGUGUCAACGCAGGGAAGUGGCAGCUACGGGACACAGAACCAAAGACAUUGAGAGCUUCUGAUGACGCAAAGGCGCCGAGUUCCAACGCCGCAGGGCCUCUGAGGGCACAAUUAACUCGAGGGCGUCAAACAUCCCAAGAAGAUCCCGAAAUCGCUCCAGGGCGUCAGUCAACUUGCUGCUCGUUGUCAUUCUUUACGAGUGGGACGGCCUGGUACCUAUACUGGUAUAUAGUUUCGAGCCUCAGGCCUGCGCUCAGGAGAUCAUGAUGUCCUCGGUCCAUGCCUGGUAGACGAUUCAAAGUGUAGUUCAGGUCUCUCACCUGAGGCGCUGCGCUCUAAAGCAUGACUCUACGUACUUCGCUCGUUCGAUAAGCCGAACCACGAAUACCAUCUCUGGUCUAAAUCGCUAUA